GCAUGUCUAGAAAAGCUAGCGCUGGAAGCAAUAACGACACCAAAGUCUCUGACGACACCCCAAUCCAAUAGUUCACUGUGCAGCAUGAUAUGUUUUCCCCCACGUGUGUCUGUGCAAGGAAGUGAAAUUGCUCCGUAGUAGUUGCGUGUCUGUUGUGGGCAAUGAAAUUAAUCACAGUAUGGUCGUAAAAGCAAACAGCGACGUGUCCUCGAUUAAGAAAAAUAAAACAAUGAAGAACAAAGGAGGGAUGAAGUUAAAGGGACAAGCUAAACAGAAGAGGAAGAAGACAGACAAUGAGGAAACGUCAGAGGCUGAACCUAAAAUAUUGAAAAAACAGAAGGUGCAAGCCGAUCCAGAGGAACCUGUGGAAGAUGUUGAAGAAGAGCUGACUCCAGAGGAGAAGAGAGUGGCGGAGAGGAAGAUGAAGAAGAUGCUUAAAAAAGAGGAGAAGAUGCGGAAAAGAGAAGAGGGGAUCGGUGAGGACAAGAAGGAGGACCAGAACAAAUCAGCAGAGAGGGCACUGGAGUAUCUGAGCUGCUGGUCUGAGAAAAGAUCUGAGUGGAGGUUUAAGAAGAUCAGACAGACGUGGCUUCUCCAGCACAUGUAUGAUCCAGAAAAGGUGUCUGAUGCAUCGUUCUCCAUCAUGCUGCAGUACCUGGAGAAUCUUCGUGGAGCAGCACGGGAUGUCACCGUUCAGAAAGCUGAGGCAGUGAUCAAGGAGGACAAAGGAGAUUCAUCACAAACUGCAGAUGACCAGAAAAGAAUACAGAGAGCCCUAGAAGUUGUUCGGCUACUCGCUGUGGACUAAUAUACACACACACACACACACACACACACAAAGCUGUGGACUAAUACACACACACACACACACACACACACACAAGGACUUAAAGGUCUCAGACAGCACGCACUCACACUCACACAAAUACUUAGACAAAUACUUCUCAGACAAUAAAAACAUGUUUU